AUGGCCAGUAAUCGCGGCCAAGCCCGCAUUCGGGGGACAACCUACAGUUCUCCCCACGGACUGCCCCUGGAUUUUCUUGACCGCGUGGUCAUUGUGAGCACACAACCCUACUCGGCUGAUGAGAUCAGACAGAUUCUGGCCAUCAGAGCUCAGGAGGAAGAGAUUGAUCUCUCUCCGGACGCUUUAGCACUUCUGACGAAGAUUGGCCAAGAAUCAAACCUCAGAUAUGCCAGCAAUAUCAUCACUACUUCUCACCUCCUGAGCCAAAAACGAAAGGCAAAAGAGGUCAGCAUCGACGAUGUUCAGCGCAGCUACCGACUAUUCUAUGACCCUGCUCGGAGCGUCAAGUUUGUGAAUGCUGACCAAGGCAAUGUAACCUUCUCUGCUGCAGCAAAUGGAGGAGACGCUAUGGAGAUCUCAUAG